AUUUGCUUUGUGUGUGUGUGUGUGUGUUGUAUAUAUUUUCUCGAGAGGUAUAUUAGCUUUGUCUUUACGUAGUUUUAACUGGUCUAAAGUUCAUAUAUUGCUUUGGGUUUAAUGAAUUAUGAUGCUUUGAGAGUUUCAAGACGGCGGACUAUGCCUGAAAUGGUUUGUUUUGAGUCGAGAUAGUUUGUAAUGUUUACCUGUGCCUCGUAAGGGCUUGAAUACCCAACUGGGUUUGUCCAGUUAUGGGAGAAGUACUGAAGGGUUCUAAUCUAAUUCUUUUUACAUCAAAUAGAAUUAGUUGCCAACACCAAUCAUAUACCUCAGGUAGUCGUGAUUAUGAAAUAUGCUCAUCAAUGAAAACAAAGAAGAAUUCUUUUGGAAGACAUGAGCGGAUUAUGACUUGCAUUUCUGUAAAUGGGUUCCUUUGUUUUGCGGUUGAACAAUGGAAAAAACCUCAAAUGAAAGUGUUGCGCAGGUCAUCAAGGGUAGCUAAUUCAAUAGUUGUUCCAAAUACGGUUGGUACUGUUGAUAUUGGUUUGGGUUUUGAGGAGGGUGAAGAAAAUGCAGUGGUUCUAUUAGGGAAGGAAGAAUUGAAUAAAAAUUCACAUGAACAAGAACUGCCACCUUGGGGAAAUUCCAAAGUUCACAUAGACUUCACUUUCAGAUAUCAAGAUGUUAGCCAGAAUUUGACUGUUUCAAAAGGGAUUGUUAGUAUGAAUGAAAUUCGAAUCCAUGCUCUAGAGGAGAGGGAUGAAGAAAUAUUAUCAAGAAGGGUCUUGAUGCUAAGCAGAAGCAACAAAGUCAGGAGUGCAUUGGAAUUGUUUAAGUCCAUGGAAUUAUCAGGUCUCAGACCUAAUGUACAAGCUUGUAAUUCUCUUCUUUCUAGCCUCUUGAGGAAUGAUAGGCUUGAUGAUGCCUUGAGUUUCUUUGACUUCAUGAAGACAAAUGAGGUCACUACUGGCCAUACAUUUAGCUUAAUUCUUAAAGCUAUCUCAGACAAUCAAGGUUGUCAUGCAGCCAUAGAAAUGUUUGCGAGAUUGGAAAGUGAAAGUAAAGUGAACAUGGGUUUUGAUGCAGUUGUUUAUAACACAAUAAUAUCAAUUUGUGGCAAAGUGAACAACUGGGUUGAGACCGAGAGAAUAUGGAGAAGCAUGACGGAAAAUGGAAAAAUUGGCACAAUAGUCACUUAUCGUGUAUUAGUUUGCACUUUUGUUCGUUGUGGUCAGAAUGACUUGGCCAUUGAAGCUUACAUUGAGAUGAUUCAAAAUGGAUUACAACCAGUUGAGGAUGCAAUGCAAGCUGUAAUUGGUGCAUGUGCAAAGGAAGGAAAGUGUGGUUUGGCACUGAGUGUCUUUCAAAAUAUGUUAAAUGAUGGACUGAAGCCAAAUCCAAUUGCAUGCAAUGCAUUAAUUAACUCACUAGGGAAAGGUGGAAAUGUCAAAUUAGCAUUGAGGGUAUACAAUCUCAUGAAAUCUAUGGGUCACAAGCCCGAUGCAUACACAUGGACUGCAUUGCUCAGGGCUUUGUACAGGGCGAAUCGACAUCUUGAUGCUCUUUGGCUGUUUGAAAGAAUCAAGAGAGAGCAGACCUCUCAAUUAAAUUUACAGUUGUAUAACAUUGUUCUGCUAUCUUGCCAGAGGCUUGGCUUAUGGGAUAGAGCUAUCCAACUCCUUUGGCAGAUGGAAGCUUCUGAAAUGUCGGUUUCAACUGCAUCAUAUAAUCUUGUUAUUGGUGCUUGUGAGGUUGCAAGGAAGCCAAAAGUUGCGCUCCAAGUGUAUAAGCACAUGGUUCACCAGAAGUGCAGCCCAGACACGUUCACCUAUUUGUCGCUAAUAAGAAGUUGCAUUUGGGGAUCUCUUUGGGCUGAAGUGGAAGAAAUGUUAGAUGAGGUUGGCCCAAAUGUUUCUCUUUAUAAUGCUGUUGUCCAUGGAAUGUGUUUAAGAGGCAAGGUUGAAUCGGCGAAAAGGCUAUAUAUGAGAAUGCGUGAGAGCAGUCUUAAACCUGAUGGCAAAACACAGGCAUUAAUGCUUCAGAACUUAUCAAAAGAUUCAUUUGAUAACAAAAGCAGUUAGCUGAUUCACGUGGUUACUUAAUAUGGUAUAAUGUGCCUUUCAAGGACGAGCUAAGGAUAUGAUUCUUGUCUUGAUCCAAAAAGUGAGGGUUAAGAAAAAAGUGGUAUUGGAGAAGUUUAAAGUGAAUAUUCUGUCAUAUAUGGUGAUUUGUGCAUUUUUAUUUUACAAGUGGAAUUUUGAUUUUUUUUAGUAAGCAUGUAGCAAAGUUUGGGAAUUUGAGGAUGGUGUCCUUAACAUACGCAGUGUAGUGGCAAUGCUUAUGAUUUGUUCUAGUAUAAAAAUGUUUUCUAUUUUGUAGUUGUAGGUAAUGUAGUGCCUUUGUGAUGGCAAUGAUAUAUAUGUCCUUGUUUCAUUUUUUUUUUUUUAAAGGAAAAAAAUCUAAAGUAAUUUAGUGUAACUCUAUGGUAUCAACGAAGAUCCUAUUGAGUUCAAUUUGAUUUGUUGUUCAA